AUGUCGUCAAAUCGCAAUAGCAACGACUAUGUAGGGGAGUCCUUUGAUGAUGCCCCCGAACACCAAGAUAAUCUCAAUGUCAAAAUCCCCCAAUCCUCCUCAACCAGGUCGUUGACCGACAGCCCACCCAUCGGGACAGCCCCUUCUCCCGACGCGACGGAGAAGCCGCCUCUCCCUACUGCAUCGCAGGACGAGCAGCAGGACGACGGGACCGACGGCGGUGAAUCAAAAAGCGCAAAGAAAAACAAGAAGAAGAACAAGAAGAAGAAAAGCAAAAAUCAAGACGAGGCCGACGAGCAAGGUGACACCACUGUGGAAGAUGGCCCAGGGGAUGCCGUGGAGGACACCGUGGACCUCGAGACCGUCGGAGAAGCAAAGGUUGAUGAUAACCAGGACCAGAAGGAUGAGCAGGCUCAGCUAGAUGGACCCCUGGAGACCGAAGAACUCGGAGAUGGUGACCGCACGCCCGUCAGGAUGGUCUUGACCAACACCAAGGAGGACGAGUCGAUUGCCCCCAACGUUACGACCCCGGACAUCACACGAGAAUCGCCCCCGGUCCCUGCCAAGGAUGAAGUCGCUUCGCCGCCGAGCGGAGGCAUUAUGGGAUUGUCUGGAGCUUUGCCAUCUUUGCCUUGGGGACCGCCUCCAGUGAAUAAGAACCCUCCUCCCGCUCCUCCUCCCGCGCCUACCCGGAAACCCAGUGGCCCCUUUGCGUGGUUCUCCCGAAGCUCGACCGGAACCAAGGAGAUCAAGUCUCCCCAGUCUACCAGCCGACGAAACACCGCCAAUUCCGUUUCUACACUCGCAAGCAAUUUGGAUCGAUCACAUGACGGUGAGGAUGGGGACUCCUCGAGCGUCAACUCGAAGAAGCCACGGAGGAACAGCCUUAAGGACCAGUUCAAGCUGCUGCGCAUGCGAGAAGAGGUCCAUACCCAUGCCCAUGGCCACGAGAAUGACGAUGGCAGCGUCCGGUCCAGUCACGCGAGCAUUAGCCAUACUGGGGCUAGUCCGCCUAUCAUCCCGGAAGAAGGAGAGGAAGGUAUUCUGGCCGCUCCUGCAUCCACCGCGGGAGCAACAUCCCCUGGGGGCUCUCAGUCGACCGCCACUGACGCAUCCACACCCGUUGAUUGGGAUCUUUGGCAGCAGCUGGUAAACAACGGACCUCAGGCUAUUGGUAGCUCGGAAGAACUGAAUGCAGCCAUCAAACGCGGUAUACCGCAGACCAUUCGAGGCGUCAUCUGGCAAAUAUUGUCCGAUUGCCGCACCGGGGAGUUGGAGGAUAUCUAUCGUGAUCUUGUCGCGCGAGGAACAGACAAGGACCGCCGCACACCCGAUCUCCUGAUCAACGGCACCGCCGAGACAUCAUCAUCGCGAUCAUCCAUUCGUUCGAAUCAUUCGGGCUCCGCAACACAGCCCACGAGCACCACUCCUAGUCCGUCUCAGGAGAUGGAUCCCGAGAGACUGGCCAAAGAACAGGCUGCCAGUGUGAGCGCCCGUGCAAAGAAGGCGAAGGAAGAAGCUACCGCAUUGCAAAAAUUGGAGAAGACGAUCCGGAGAGAUUUGGGUGCUCGGACAAGCUAUUCGAAGUACUUCAUCUCUCAAGGAAGCCAAGAAAGCCUGUAUGGACUCUGUAAAGCCUACGCUCUUUACGAUGAAGCCGUUGGAUACGCCCAGGGCAUGAACUUCAUCGUCAUGCCUUUGCUUUUUAACAACGACGAGGUAGAUGCCUUUGAAUUGCUUGUAAAAUUGAUGAAUAAGUACGGUCUUCGUGAAAUGUUUAUUGCGGACAUGCCCGGUCUUCAUCGCAGUCUUUUCCAGUUUGAACGACUCCUGGAGGACCUCGAACCCGCUCUUUACUGCCAUCUCCGCCGCCGUGGCGUGCCCCCGCAAUUAUACGCUACACAGUGGUUCUUAACACUAUUCGCCUACCGAUUCCCUCUCCAACUUGUCCUUCGCAUUUACGAUUUGAUCUUCGAAGAGGGUCUUGAGAACACCAUCGUCAAAUUUGCUGUUGCGAUCAUGCGUCGCAAUACAGAGACACUCUUGGGAAUGAAAGACAUGGCCGCCCUCACAACGUUCCUCAAGGAGCGCAUCUUCGACGUGUACAUUGAUAAGCAACCAUCUGCAUCCUCAAUCUUGGAAUCCGGAUUUUUCGGCAGCUCCGGUGCCGCAGACAAGGGAAUCUACCGAGCAGACAUUCUCGUGCAGGAUGCUUGUGACAUCCCACUCACAAAAGAGAUGCUUACUUCAUACACAGCCGAAUGGGAAGAAAAGACCAGAACGGAGAAGGAGCGUGAAGUUGAACUCGAACACCUCCGACACACCACCACCGCGCAAUCAUCCCGGAUCCGCCUGCUGGAAGAACGCGCCGAAGCAUCCGAUAAAGAACACGUCCAAUUAGCUUCCGAGCUCGUCCACGCCAAGGUCGAGAACGAGGAACUGCGAGACCUAACAGAAGCCCUAAACCUGCAGGUCAGCGAGCUGAAGAACGUCGUGGACAAACAACCCGCCGAAGUGGAGGAGAAGCUCCGCCAAGAGAUGGAACGCAUCAUGCAGCGCAACAUCGAGGUGCAAAAUGAGAAUCGCGCUAUGGAGGAGAAUAUGGCCGAUAUGGAGAAGGAGUUGGUUGCCACUAAGAUGAAGUGGGCCGAGAUCUCCGAAAACCACGAAACUCUUCGUCAAAAAUGGAGUGAUCUCCGCCGAGCUCUUGAUUAA